ACUAAUUAAUUCUUCCAAAAUUUUGCGAAUGCAUCUGUAAUUUCACACUGUUUCCAACAACUGUAUAACAGUGUGAUUGUGUUCUUCAACUCAUAACCAAUUAUCAAAACCGUUAUUCAUAACUCAUCAGAUUCGAAUCGAAAGUUCGAAACCCUAGCUUUCAUGGCGUAUUAUAAAUCAAAACUAUUGUUCGUAGUAUACUUAUCACUGUUACUGAUUGUCAACGCAGCGAAAAGUUAUUACGAUAUUCUUCAAGUUCCGAAAGGUGCGUCUGACGAUCAGAUCAAACGAUCGUAUAGAAAACUCGCGUUGAAGUAUCAUCCGGAUAAGAAUCAAGGAAAUGAAGAGGCGAAUAAGAAGUUUGCGGAGAUUAACAACGCUUAUGAGGUGUUAUCGGACAGUGAGAAAAGGAGUGUGUAUGAUAAGUAUGGUGAAGAAGGUCUGAAACAGCAUGCUGCGGGUGGCGGAAGAGGCGGUGGAAUGGAUAUUCAGGAUAUAUUUAAAUCGUUUUUUGGUGGUGGCGGAGGAGGCCAUCAUGAGGAAGAGAAAGUUGCAAGAGGUGAUGAUGUCAUCGUUGACCUUGAUGCUACAUUGGAAGAUUUGUACAUGGGAGGGUCAUUAAAGGUAUGGAGGGAGAAGAACGUUUUAAGACCAGCUCCGGGCAAAAGACGAUGCAACUGUAGGAAUGAGGUUUAUCACAGGCAAAUUGGUCCAGGGAUGUAUCAACAGAUGACAGAGCAGGUCUGUGAGCAGUGCCCAAAUGUUAAGUAUGAAAGGGAAGGAAACUUCAUGACUGUGGAUAUUGAAAAGGGAAUGCAAGACGGGCAAGAGGUGGUCUUUUAUGAAGAAGGUGAACCAAUCAUAGAUGGUGAACCUGGAGAUCUAAAAUUUCGCAUCCGUACAGCACCACAUGACAGUUUCAGGAGGGAAGGCAAUGACCUUCAUGCCACUUUUACUAUAACUCUGGUGCAAGCUCUUACUGGCUUUGAGAAGACCAUUACACACCUUGACGAGCAUCCUGUGGAUAUUGGUUCACAGAACAUAACAAAACCGAAGGAGGUGAGGAAGUUCAAAGGCGAAGGGAUGCCGUUGCACUAUAGCAACAAGAAGGGGGACCUAUAUGUAACUCAUGAGGUUUUAUUUCCUACAUCAUUAACAGAGGAUCAGAAGACAAAAAUCCAAGCUGUUCUUGGUUAGUUUUACUAAAUCUAAUAAUGGACAUUUUGGUUUGCUAAGAGGGAAGCAUAUUGCACAUAAAUUUGCUCCAUUGUUGUCUCUCAUAGCUCCUUGAUCACUACUAAGAUACACUUUUUUUUGUCCUGGUGGUCGGUGUCUUUUUAGAUCUGUUAUUUCUAGCCUUCACAAAAGUCGGAAAGUUUUGUUACAUGCGGAUCAUUCUCUUUGUUUUUUGAAUAACCUGAAAUUCGUGUUGGGUUUGGGUUGACGGGUUUGUAUAAUCUUACUUGAACCUGGCCCGCUUAGUUA